AUGUUGAAAGUAGCGACUACGUUAAGGCUUUUAUCAAAGCAGCAAAGACUAUUUGCUACCGCUGCAAAUCAGCAUGAAGCUUUAGUGAACGUUCCACCAACUAAGCUUACAGUGCUCGACAAUGGGAUCCGUGUAGCCACUGAAGACUCUGGCUCAGCAACUGCAACAGUAGGCUUAUGGAUAGACGCUGGCUCAAGGUAUGAAAACUCUAAGAACAAUGGAGUUGCUCAUUUCCUUGAACACAUGGCAUUCAAGGGAACUAGCAAGAGGUCUCAAACUGAUUUAGAAUUACACGUAGAAAACAUGGGAGCACAUUUAAAUGCUUACACAUCCCGAGAGCAGACCGUAUUUUAUGCAAAAUGUCUUGCUAAUGACGUUUCUAGCGCCAUAGAGAUCCUUGCUGAUAUCAUUCAAAACUCUUCCCUUGCCGAACCCGAAAUCGAACGAGAGCGCGGUGUUAUCCUCCGUGAAAUGCAGGAUGUUGAGAGUAACUUGCAAGAAGUUGUGUUUGACCAUCUGCAUGCUACAGCAUUCCAAGGUACGCCCCUCGGACAGACCAUCUUAGGCCCAACCAAAAACAUAAAGAAGAUUUCAAAAGCAGACCUUCAACAAUACAUCAAAACUCACUACCAGCCUUCUAGAAUUGUCCUGUCUGGUGCUGGAGGAGUAGAACAUGGUAAAUUAGUAGACCUAGCUAAGAAACAUUUAGGUGGGCUGAAAAACACCGCUUUGGAUGUACCAGAUAUCACUCCAUGCCGUUACACUGGCUCGGAAAUAAGAGUAAGAGAUGACUCCAUGCCAUUGGCUCACAUUGCUAUUGCUGUGGAAGGUGCUGGCUGGACAGAUGCGGACAAUAUUCCUUUAAUGGUGGCAAACACUCUUAUUGGAGCAUGGGAUCGUUCCCAAGGUGGUGGAGCAAACAAUGCCUCAUACCUUGCUAGAGCUGCUUCAAUUGAAAACUUGUGCCACAGCUUCCAAUCUUUUAACACUUGUUACAAAGAUACUGGACUGUGGGGUAUCUACUUUGUAUCAGAACCUAUGCAGAUUGAAGACAUGCUUUACAACAUUCAAUCUGAAUGGAUGAAGCUCUGUAACUCAGUAACGGAAGGUGAGGUUGAGCGGGCUAAAAACUUAUUGAAGACCAACAUGUUACUGCAGCUUGAUGGCACUACACCAGUCUGUGAAGAUAUUGGCCGUCAAAUCCUAUGCUACAACAGGCGUAUUCCAAUUCAUGAGCUUGAUGCUCGUAUUGAAGCAGUUUCUGUACAGAACAUCCGUGAAGUCUGCUACAAAUAUUUGUUUGACAAAUGCCCAGCUGUAGCUGCAGUAGGACCUACAGAAGCUCUCCCAGACUACAACAGAAUCCGAUCUAGCAUGUACUGGCUCAGAGUUUAA